AUGUAUUUUAGAAAACACCAGCUCUUUAGACAGUGUGACGAUGGACUGAAAGAGGCAAUCGCAACUAUAAUCUGGGUCUCUCCACGCAUGCAAGCGGAUGUUCCUGAGCUUAAGAUUGUCAGAGAACAGUUAGGCUACAAAUACGGCAAGGAGUUCGUUGAAGCCUGCCUCGCGAACGCAGGUGGUGUCGUCAAUGCAAAAGUUAUGCGCAAUAUGAACCUACACGCACCUCCAUGCAAUCUUUGUGAGAUGUACCUUGUGAGUUCGCGUGUUGGUAAUAAUUUUUUUAAAAUUUUGCCUACGUGGCUCACUCCGAUUUACUAA